CAUCCACCGACAUACGUAAGCGCUACGUAGGGAGUAGCACCUGCAGCUACUUGCAGCGUAGUAUUUUCUGGCGGAGUACCUGCGGCGUAGUACAAGCGGCGCGGUAACUGGAGUGCAUUCUCUCCGAAUAACAAUGCAUUGUUAUCGCAUAAGUACUAGCACAUUACCACAAGAAUCCCCGCCACCACAUCAAGCUCAGUUUCAGCUCAGACUUACAACAUGUCUUCGUCGUCUGAGACCGUAACCCUGACAGCAUCAUGUCUCUGUGGCACCUAUGAAUACAGCACCACCUUUCCCGCAUCUAAUCUUCCUCUACCAGGGCAUACGUGCCACUGUACGAGCUGCCGACACCUAUGUGGCUCACUACACACCUCUCUCAUAACUUGGCCCGAACCUCGCGCCAAUGUCGACAUCAGUGGCCUCAAGGUAUUCAGCGCCUGGGAGCGCUUCGACCUGCUGUUCUGUCCUACCUGUUCAAGCCCAAUGUUCUGUGCUUUCAGAGAUCCAGAGAGGAACUUGGGGGUAGUGACUGGAACGCUAGGCAAUGUGGAUGUUGGAGAUCGCCAGCUGAUCAAAUUUGGUGGGAUGGGCUAUGUGCUCGAUACGCAGGAUGGGGGUGCCAGUCCAUGGAUCUGUGCUCUUAAUGGUGAUGGCGUGGACUUGAAAAGUUACGAAGAGACGACGCCCGGCCGUGGUUCGGAAGCAAAGGAACUACCUGCAGACUGGCCUCGGUCUUCAACUCUCCCGGAACUCAAAGCGAAAGAGGAGGACAGUGUGCCGAUACGCUGUAAGUGCGGCGGUGUGGAUCUACUCCUCCGUCGGGGCGAGUAUAAAGAUACGAGCGAAGAAGAUCUGCCCUCCUGCGUUGAGCCUGCCAGCAGGAAGCUCAAAGCCAGCUUCUGUGCUUGCAACAGCUGCCGGUUACAAAGCGGGAGCGACAUCUUUUACUGGACCUUUACAGAGACGAAAUAUCUGUCUUUUGGAAAAGAUGAUAGCAAGCCCUUUCCGGAAGAUAUUUUUGAUCUCAAACACCUCAUCGACACCAAAGAUCCUGCUAUCGGUACGAUGAAAUACUACACCUCCUCACCAGACGUCUGCCGUUACUUUUGCGGUACUUGCUCGGCCGUCGUGUUCUACGCAUCAGGUAACCGGCCAAAGAUAGUCGAUGUGGCUGUCGGUCUGUUGGAUUCCAAGUACGGAGCGAGAGUUGAGAAUAUGCUGUCAUGGCCUUUCGGAAAGACGAUGAGUUUCCAGGAAGACGGUGAUGGUGGGUGGCGAGAGACUUUGUUUGAAAGAUUGAGAAGUAAGGCGGAAGACUGGCGGGUGGCGAGAGGGUAUCCGAAAAAUUGGAAGAGCAAAGAGGAGUAUGAGAAUAUUCAUCAGGAUGAUGAUUAAAGAUGAACAGGUAGUUUAGGCUAGAUUUGGUACAUACCAGGUCUAACAUGUGUCUAUAAUUUCUCAGACUGAGACUCAGCAAGUGGAACGCCAUUCAGAAGCUCAUCGUACGUUCGUUCUAUUCGUGAAACAAAGAAUCCGAGUUUUCACUGGACAAAGAAACCAUAUCGACAUCUGUGCUAGCCACGUAGGCAGUCUUCCUAGCCAAGAAAAUUGCACCAUAUGCUCAAUCUCCUUCAAGCUGUACCUGUCGCGAAAAACAUGCAUAAAUUCCGAACUGGUCAUUAAGAAUCUUCAC